CUUCUUUACUCUUAAUAAAUAGGUUUAAUGGAUUAAUAUGAUUGGUUAGAAUAUUUAUAGUAACAAUUUGAUUGGUUAAAAAGUGUGUUUUUUUCUUACAUUUUUCAUUGAUUGCUCAUUUAAUAUAUAAUAAUAAUAAGAUUGUCCUAUAUAAUACUUGUUAUUAAAUAGGAAUUAAACACUUUCAAGGAUUCAUAUUAUUUUAUUAAAUAAUAAAAAUUUUAUUAUUAUUAUUAUUAUUAGUUUAUAAAUAUGUAUUACAAAAUUAAAAAGAACGGAAAUGAAUUUUUUUAUAAAUUAUUUACAUGUUAUCUAUUUAUAAUGUAAAGUUGUAUAUACCAUUGAAUACUUAAAAUUUAUAUGACCAAUCAUAUUAAAGUAAAAAUGAAAGUUAUUAAAUUACACAUAAAAAUAUAAUCUGUAUUUGUAAUGGAUUAAUAAUAAACAUUUUCUUAAUAUAUUAAUAUUAAUAUUAUUAUCAUUAUGAAUAUUGACAUUAUGAUUGUCCUUAUUAAAUUCAUUAUAUAACUUCCUAAUAUGGAAUUAAUCUAUCUAUGAUAGUGGAUUAACUUAACUGUGGAAAAUACUUAGAGUGUAACUUCUUAAUUUAUGUUUGUUUGUUUUUCAAAAGAAUAUUUUCAAUAUUAUCAGAACCAUAAAAUAAAACAAACUUUAUUCAUUUAAUUGACAAUAUUAAAAUAAAUCUUGAUCUAGAUCAGUUUAAAUAGAUCACAAUAUCCUGUAAUGGCGAAUUCAUUUAAUACUACACGUAAUAAUGAUGUUGAAGAUUUGAUAAAUAAGGAAUUAAAUCAAGAAGAACAAAAUAUUGUAGAUUGUUCUGACAAGAAUAUUCCUAUUUCAAUGACAAGUGAACAUGAAUUAGAUGAGUCAAAUCAACAUAAUAAUGUAAACGUAACUGAAUCAUCAAGUGAAUAUAUCAUAGAUAACAAAAGUGAUCUAAUAACUGAAGUCGAAACACAAAAUUUAACUCUAAGUAAAUCCGGUGAAAAUUUGGAAUUAGAAUGUAAAGAAAUACAUCCAAAUAUAAAUGAGAAUAAUGAUAAUGAAUCACAAAAUACCAGUGAAGUAUGUUUAAACGAGAUGGUAAAAUCUCAUAAUAAUAUUACAGAAUUUCAGAUGAAUGACGACGAAGAAACAAAACUUAAUUUGGAAUUUUCAAAGUCCAGUAACCAAUGUGAUCAAGAGUUUUACACAAGUACAUUCUCUGAACAUACCUCUGAGGAAGAGUUAGAACCUACAGCUUUAACAACUGACUUCAAUGAUCCCACUGAAGCAUAUAUAGAAGAAAGCCACCCUCCUAAUGAUAAGUCAGAGACAUAUUCCAAUAUUAUAGACGACCAAGAAGGUGACAGUAACAUAAAUACUGUAAAGUUAGAGUUUUCGGAUGUAAGAGAAAGUAAAGACAUGAUUGAUAUACAUAGUCCUUCAGAAGUAACAAGUUUAUCAAGAUUGGAAAACGAUGAAUUAGACAGGAAUAAACGUGAAACAGUACUUGAAGAGUCAUUUGAUCAUUUUACUGAAGAAAACGUUAUACCUCAACAUCAUGAGAACGUACACUUGACUGAGGACAAUGAAAAAUCCGGAAAUUUAUUUGGGAGAAUUACACCACAAGAAGUAAUGAGUCUAAAUGAACCAGGUGAACAGCUUCCUACUGAUAAAAAUGAUAUACCGCUUGACGUUGUUGCACAUGAUGCAAAUGACGAAGUAGAUGAAAAUCUCAGUAGAAUUAUUAUAGAUGGUGUUGAAGACAUUAUUCAAACACCUCAUGAAAAAAUCGAAACGAAAUUUGAAUACGAUAUAUCCACAUCAGUUGGUCAACCAAAUAAUGGAAGUGACGAACAGUUAGACACUCAAGUAGAUCAUAAUGAAGAGGAAAUAUGCAAUGUACCAUCUAAAUCCCAUAACGAGGAUUAUAUUUCAUUGGCAGACUACUCAAGAGAAGUUGAAUUUCCCGUAGUAGAGGAACAGAUAACUACAGAAUAUGAAUCCCAUCAUAAAGAAAGCGACAACAGUGAUAUCAUAAGUACACCUUCCCCUAGUUUGACAGAAGAACGAAAUUUCAGAACUGAUUUCAUUACAGAUAUUCUUAAUUCAGAUGAUUAUGACGAUGGCAAAAACAAAUUGUAUACUGAAGAUCAGGGUAAUGUUGAAAAACAAGGCCGCUUACAGUGUUCGAUGAAUGGUGACUCACCAACUCUUCAACAGACUAACUCUUCAUUAAUAAAUGAAGUAAAACAUACUGAAAAUGAUGAGAUAAAAAACCGAAUUUUAUUAUCUGAUAAAGACAUAUGUGGAGAAAAUGGCCUAGAAAGUGGUCCAUUAUUGUACGCUACACAAAAUCUUAUCAAUGAGUUACAGACAGUUGAGCACUUAACGGAUGACAGACCGGAAACUCUGAAUAUCGCUGUAGAUAUUCAAAAAGAUGAAUUAUAUAACGCUAAAAUAUAUAAAAAAUCAACAGUGGAAUGUUACGUAACAGACCAGCAUUCCAAUGAUGAUGAUGAACGUAAUAUCAGUAAUUAUAAAGUAGAAAACAUUUCACCCAAAUAUUUUGAACAACACCAAUUAUUAAGGAAUGGAAGUAAUGAAAAUGAAUCAACUCUGGAAAAGUUAAACAACCAACUGAAAUCCAAACCUUUAAACGAUGUAAAUAAAAAUAUGGCACUUAGGAGGAUACACAAUGAUGUUGAUGAGAUAAGUCUGAAUUCAGAAGGUGAACGGAGAACGGAGUUUGAACAACGUUAUGCUGAAUUAAUUGCAAAGUAUCUACCAGUUGAGAGACAAUCAAAAAAGAACGAUAGAUCAAGACGAACUAAAACACUAGACAGAUAUAGUAAAUCCAAAUUUAGUGAGAAUAGAUACUCAUAUAUAGAUACAAGUGAUGUUAAAAAAAGAUCGGUAACCCUGGAACGCAACGAAUUUAGACGUAAACGACGCCUGCAACCAAAACCAUCUGUUAAUGAUGACUACUUGUAUCCAGAUUCAGUAACACCGUCUAAGGUAGACAAAAGUAUAAGUGUACGAAGUUUAGAGGAGGGUAUUCCAGAAGGUGCUUACGAUGUACCAUAUAUUGAUGAUGACGCUUUCUUGCCACGAAGAUUACGUGAAAACAAAGGUGAAGAUAAUGGAUCAGAUGAAGGUAGUAGUCUGAGUCUGGAGGAAGAUUACUACUCAUGGAAUCCUGACAGAUUUAGUAGAUUAGAAGCUAAUCAUAUAGCUGAUACUAACGAAUGUGCUCCCACUCCAGAAAAUCAACCAAAAUCAAAAACAAUAACUUCAAUAUUAAGUAAAAAGAAGACAGAUCAACCAAAACAGAUUUUGAUUGUUCAACCGACAACAAAUAAUAAUAAAUCAAAGAAUAAAGGAAAAUCAUUGAUUUGUGGAUGUGUUAGUAGAAAAUCGAAAAACAGAUAACACAACUUAUGAAAAUCAAUCAACCAAAUAAAUAAAUAAAUAAUCCAAUUUGUAUGUGUGUUUUUUUUUUGAUUAACAAAAAAUUUUUUUUCUUCAUUUUCCUCACAUCGAUUCGAUAGUAAAAAAAUAAAGCAUGAUGAACGAUAUUUGAAAACAAUUUUUAAUUUCCAUGGAAAUAAAUAAAUAAUAAUGGCCGUACUUGGAAACAAUUUGUUCUUUCACAAAAUGUUAGACAAUUUUAAUCAUUUAGUUUGAUGAAAUUAACUCUAUCAAUCAUUUAAAUGUUUUGUGAAUGAUUUAAUUUAAAUAAUUAAAAAAGAAUUUACUUAGAUACCAAUACAUACAUACUAAAAUAUGGUUUAAGCUCCAUUUAUUUCAAUUCAAUGUUUUAUAAAUUUAAUACAAAUAACAAUCGAUAAUUGAAUUUCUAUAUAUUUCUGUUUUUCUUUUGGCAACGAAUAAAUAAAUGAAUAUCUACCGUAUAUUAAAUUAUAAAUAUUAACACAUUGACUUUUAAUUGAUAUCGAAAAUCGAUAAAAUGUUUAUAAUUUAGAAUAAAAUAAUAAAACAAUAACUAUUUUAAAUUUACUGUAACUUAAUACGUUUUUAUUAUUUUUUUUCUCUCUCUCACUCUCUCUCUCUCACACACUCUUUCUCUUCCUCUCCUCAUUUAAAUAAUUUUUUUUUCAUUUUAGUCUUUUCAUUAUCUCUUAUUCAGUUAACUAACAUUUGGUUUUGUUUUUCAAUUAUUCAUCAUAUAACUAAGAGUCUUUUUCUCUUUUUUUAUUUUUCAUGUUCAUAAAAUAAAAUAAAACAGAACAAAACAAAAAAAGAAAGGAAAACAGUAUUAAUAUUAUGUCAUCCUAUUUGAGAGAAAGAACAAAAUGAGUAAAUAAUAAUAUUUCAAAGCUGUAAGAUAUUUACUUGUAAAUCAAUGAUAUAUGAUAGUUUACUUUUGAAUAAUUGAUUAUUUGAUUGUUUAUUUAUUCUUUUAUGAAAUUUUCUUUUUUUUCGAUUUUAAUCAUUUAUUUCGCUCGACUAAAACAAAAAAAAGAAAAAAAUAGAAAAAGAAUGAAUCAGUCAAUCAAUCAUUUAGACAAAAUUAUCCAAUCAAUUAUUCAAUUAUUGUGUAACAUUUAAAAUGAUUUAAUGUUACUAUUCAAUGUAGUUUCUUUACCACUGAUUAUUUGUGCACUAUUUUUUAAUAUGAUUAACGCUGGAAAUAUAGUUAUCGUGUCAUUAUGAGGCUAAUUUUAAUGCCAUGUAAUAAACAUUUCGUGAUAUUUGCGUGAUUUUAUGUGUUAAACAAAAACGAAGUGACUCUGUAUGAAUGUAAGUGAAUUAUAGGUCUCAUUACCAUGGUUUGACUUGAUCAUUUAGAAUAAAUUGAAGAUUGGGUAGAUUGUUAUAAAUAAAUAAUAUAUUUGUAAUAUUCUUGUUGUCCCGUUGUACUAUUUAAACUUGGACUAACUUUGAAUUAAUUAUUAGAAAUGAUGGAGAACAUUUGUAGCUCAGGUGGAUGAAGUUUAUGGUGAUGAUGAUGAUGUCGUUCAGAAGAACGAUGAAAGCUCCGCAACCAAAUCAUCCAGCACAGAGAACAAAAUUCCACUAAGAUUUGAUUAUUUGUUCUCUGAAGAAAUGUCGUACACUGUGUCACGAAAUGUCAGAAAAUUUAAUUUUUCUAUCGAUUGGGAUAUUACAAAUAUAUUAUUU